CCCCUCUCUCUCUCUCUCUCUCUCCCUCCACCGUUGUCUUUUUAAUGUAACUUCUGACUGAUCGGGAGAGCAGGGAGCGUCUGGAAAGCCUGGUCCGGUGACUCCAUCUCAGAUGAAGGACCUGCUCGCACGGCAUUCUGUUUAUUAAAGCUGGACACACAGACCGGAAGGGAUCAGAUUGUGUGUGUUUUUUGGAAUAAGAUUGCUUCCCCUUGCGGAUUUCGGCUGUUAUCCCCCCCUCCACCCACCCCCAGCCCUCAUCUGUGGAUGUUACAGCGCACGAGAGCGGUCUGAAUGAAGCUGUCUUUUCGGAUUCCCACCGGGUGACUGUUCAUUCUUUGCUGUUUUAACAGUCGGGCUCUGCUGCCCAACGCGAUUCUGAGCUCGAUUAAAAAAUUGUCAAACAAUGUCGCAGUCUCCUUAAGCGUGCGCAAGAGGUUUUUUGUUUUGUUUUUUGUUUUUUCCGGGAAACUCCGUGCGUUAAUUAUCGCGUAAAAAAGCAGGGAAAGUUGGGUUUGCUCAAACUUUGGAGACGGUCGAUAUGGCUAUGGUUGCGUGGAGAAACAACGAGGGCGUCGGGGAUACCCAGGGGACUCUCUCCUCCCCGGUGUCCCAAGUAGCACCUCUGUCGCUGCCCGGAGAGCUGCCGGGACACAUGAACCCGGCGUCCUCUGUGGAAUUACCCGCGGCGGCGGCGGUACCUCCGGGAGCACCGCCGCCCAACCCGUCCGGAACCACGGCCGCCGGCUCCAGCUCCGCGACCAGCAACGGCCACAACGGCACCUCCUCUUCCUCCUCCUCUUCGUCCAUGGACAAGCAGCAGAGCCAGCAGAUCGAGUGCAUCGUGUGCGGGGACAAAUCCAGCGGGAAGCACUACGGACAGUUCACCUGUGAGGGAUGUAAGAGCUUCUUCAAACGCAGCGUCCGGCGGAACCUGACGUACACCUGCCGGGCCAACAGAAACUGCCCCGUGGACCAGCACCACCGCAACCAGUGCCAGUACUGCCGCCUCAAGAAAUGCCUCAAAGUCGGCAUGAGGAGGGAAGCUGUCCAGAGGGGCAGAAUACCCACGCAGUCUUACCACGGCCAGUUCGCUCUGACCAACGGGGACCCUCUGCAGUGUCACUCCUAUCUGUCCGGCUACAUUUCCCUGCUGCUGCGGGCCGAGCCCUACCCGACGUCCAGGUUCGGCUCUCAGUGCCUGCAGAACAACAACAUCAUGGGCAUAGAGAACAUCUGCGAGCUGGCGGCGCGGAUGCUUUUCAGCGCCGUGGAGUGGGCCCGCAACAUCCCGUUCUUCCCCGACCUGCAGGUGUCGGACCAGGUGGCCCUCCUGCGCCUCACCUGGAGCGAACUGUUCGUGCUGAACGCCGCGCAGUGCUCCAUGCCGGUGCACGUCGCCCCGCUGCUGGCCGCCGCGGGCCUGCACGCGUCCCCGAUGUCCGCCGACCGGGUGGUGGCCUUCAUGGACCACAUCCGGGUCUUCCAGGAGCAGGUGGAGAAGCUCAAGGUGCUGCACGUGGACUCGGCGGAGUACAGCUGCAUCAAGGCCAUCGUGCUGUUCACCACAGAUGCUUGUGGUUUGUCGGACGUAGCCCACGUGGAAGGUCUCCAGGAGAAAUCCCAGUGUGCUUUAGAGGAGUACGUGAGGAGUCAGUACCCCAACCAGCCCAACAGGUUUGGGAAGCUGCUGCUUCGCUUGCCUUCCCUCCGCACCGUCUCCUCCUCUGUCAUAGAGCAGCUUUUCUUUGUACGUCUGGUGGGGAAAACUCCCAUUGAAACUCUAAUAAGGGACAUGCUGCUGUCAGGCAGCAGCUUCAGCUGGCCCUACAUGCCCAUUCAAUAAAGCUAAAAGCUGUGAUGGCGCCACUAAUGUCAGGAAAAGGCCCCCCGCACCUGAAAUCAAGUCUUUUGUCAUGCAGCACAGCUGAAAAUCUCUGCUGAUUCACACGAGUCAGAGGAGCUGCCAGUGGAAUGAGAUUAUUAAGAUGUAAAGGUUUAAUGUAACGUUGCUAUUUUCUUGACAUCAGAGGAGCGAAUCUGCCUUAUUCUGUAAAGGUUUGGGAAGCAAUGAUGUGACCCCACUGGCAGAAAGAAUAUUCCAUAAAUGAUUGCCUCUGAUGGGACUCUUUUUGUUUUUGUUUUUUCCCCCCUUCAUUGUGUUGAUCUCUCAUGAUCUGUGGGUUAACAAACCAUAUUUAUUGGACCUGCGUGUAUAUUUAUCAAGCUUGUAAAUUAUGUUUGGAAUCCUCUCUUAUUUUUCAGUGUACCAUGUCAUUUGUUUUCUUUCUUUUUUUUUGGCCACGGUUAAUGAGAAUACUGCAGGGACCGUCUUGUGUGGAUCUGUUUCCUUUAGCUUUUUUUGUUGUUGUUGUUCUCGUACCUUCCAGACAUUAGCACUUUGGACUUAUGGAACAUUUCACGGAUGUUUACCGUCAUCAGAUUUCAGCUCCGCACAGACAGACAGGCAACAUUAAUGGCCUGCUUUUAGUUAUUUCACUUUCUGAGUCAGUUUUUACUCACCAACAUGCAAAGAACAAGUCCAGCUAGUUUGGAAAACGCACUUCUUGUCAGUAUUGGUUUGUGCCAAGUAAUUAUUUGCUUGUUAAUAAUUUCUUAGGAAAACUUUCCUCAUAAACAUUCCCCUGAAUAGUUGGUCCUCAAAUAAUUAUAUUAUUCCCUCUUGCCAUGCUCUUCAGUUAAUCCUGGAUUUAUAACAAAUAAGAGAGGUUUCCGUUUGGAAAUGAGCAAAUUUGGACAGUGGUUUUAUUUGGCAUCGAUGUGGAGCUGAGUGGGGCUGACUGCUGGAAAGUUUCUUCAGGCUAUACGUCCAAAGUCCAGAGAAAGGCUGCGGCAUUAGGAGAGUAAUGACGCACACGUUACCUCUUUGAAUUAUUUCAUGUUUCCAGGUCUUUUUCACUCAGAAAGAUUUUUUUCUUCUUCUUCUUCAAAGCACCAGGUUGAAUGCAUAGUUCCAAUUCCCCGAUAAGAUGAAUGGCGCACGACUUCCCGGUCCAAGAGACCAAAUGUACUUUGUUAGAACACGUGCGCUGCUCUGAGCCCGACCACUGCAGGGUAUGGCUGAGAUGAGUGUGUACCAGCGUGUAUGUGCAUGUGUGUGUGUUUAUUUGUCUUUACUACUCUUUAUUUGUUUGCUUUUUUCUUCUUUGACAACCACUCUGAUGUACUGUGAAAGUUAACAUAUUGGUACCGUAUUAAAUUAUAACUCAAGAUUUAUAAAUAAAGUGUAUUUGGUUUAUUUCACCGUC